CAGACGGUGGCUGAGGAGGCAGCGGGGAGGGGAUGGUGCGUCUGGCGGAGGCGGUGGCGGGCGUCGCUCCGGCUCCUCCAUCACCCCCCCACCCCUCCCUCACCGCCGCCAUGGGUGUCAGUAGGCCCCCCCGGCCCGCGCAGAUAUGAGGCAUCUAUUAACAAACUAGAAGUGACAGAACCAUGGCUCAGUUUCCAACACCUUUUGGGGGCAACCUGGAUAUCUGGGCUAUUACUGUGGAGGAGAGAGCUAAACAUGAUCAGCAGUUUCAUAGUCUGAAGCCAGCCUCUGGAUUUAUCACUGGUGAUCAAGCUAGGAACUUUUUUUUUCAAUCUGGGUUACCUCAGCCGGUAUUAGCACAGAUAUGGGCUCUAGCUGACAUGAACAAUGAUGGGAGGAUGGAUCAGUUGGAGUUUUCAAUAGCUAUGAAACUUAUCAAAUUAAAACUGCAAGGUUAUCAGCUCCCAUCUGCACUGCCUCCUGUCAUGAAGCAGCCACCUAUUGCUCUGCCAAGUGCACCAGGAUUUGGUAUUGGGGGCAUUGCCAGCAUGCCAUCUCUUACAACUGUUGCCCCAGUGCCAAUGGCAUCUAUUCCAGUAGUAGGAAUGUCUCCACCAUUAGUAUCUUCUGUUCCUGCAGCAGCAGUACCUCCCCUGGCUAAUGGAGCUCCUGCUGUUAUACAGCCUCUGCCUGCUUUUGCUCAUCCUGCCACGUUACCAAAGAGUUCUUCCUUUAGUAGAUCUGGUCCAGGAUCGCAGCUAAAUGCAAAACUGCAAAAGGCACAGUCAUUUGAUGUAGCUAGUGUGCCUCCUGUGGCAGAGUGGGCUGUACCUCAGUCCUCAAGACUGAAGUACAGACAGCUGUUCAAUAGCCAUGAUAAAACAAUGAGUGGACACUUAACAGGUCCGCAAGCAAGAACUAUUCUUAUGCAGUCAAGUUUACCCCAGGCUCAGCUGGCUACAAUAUGGAAUCUUUCAGAUAUCGAUCAAGAUGGAAAACUUACAGCUGAAGAAUUUAUUCUGGCUAUGCACUUAAUUGAUGUAGCUAUGUCUGGUCAGCCGCUGCCACCUGUACUGCCUCCAGAGUAUAUUCCACCUUCAUUUAGAAGAGUACGCUCUGGUAGUGGCAUACCUUCUGCAAGUUCGGUAUCUGUAGACCAAAGGUUACCAGAAGAACCAGCAUUAGAAGAAGAACAGCAGCAACUGGAAAAGAAAUUACCAGUUACAUUUGAAGAUAAAAAACGUGAGAACUUUGAACGUGGCAAUCUAGAACUUGAAAAACGGAGACAGGCUCUCCUGGAGCAGCAACGCAAAGAACAAGAGCGUCUAGCACAGCUGGAACGGGCAGAGCAGGAAAGGAAAGAACGUGAGCGGCAGGAGCAAGAACGUAAAAGACAGCUGGAGCUAGAGAAACAGUUGGAAAAACAACGGGAAUUGGAGCGGCAGAGAGAAGAGGAAAGGAGGAAAGAAAUAGAAAGAAGAGAGGCUGCAAAACGGGAACUUGAGAGGCAACGGCAACUUGAGUGGGAGCGUAAUCGUCGGCAAGAACUACUAAAUCAAAGAAACAAAGAACAAGAGGACAUAGUUGUUCUGAAGGCCAAGAAGAAGACGCUAGAAUUUGAGCUGGAGGCUCUAAACGAUAAAAAAAAUCAGUUAGAGGGGAAGCUUCAGGAUAUCAGAUGCCGUCUAUCUACCCAAAGACAAGAAAUUGAAAGUACGAAUAAAUCUAGAGAACUGAGAAUUGCAGAAAUCACCCAUUUGCAACAGCAGCUACAGGAAUCUCAGCAGAUGCUUGGAAGGUUGAUUCCAGAAAAACAAUUGCUUAACGACCAGCUAAAGCAGGUUCAACAGAACAGUUUGCACAGAGACUCUCUUCUUACUAUCAAAAGAGCCUUAGAAGCCAAGGAACUAGCACGUCAACAGCUUCGAGACCAACUAGAUGAAGUAGAAAAAGAAACCAGAUCUAAACUUCAGGAAAUUGAUAUUUUCAAUAAUCAACUGAAGGAUCUGCGAGAAAUACAUAACAAACAGCAACUACAGAAGCAAAAGAGCAUGGAAGCUGAGAGGCUGAAACAGAAAGAACAAGAAAGGAAGACAGUAGAACUGGAAAAGCAAAAAGAAGCUCAAAGGCGAAUCCAGGAGCGGGAUAAACAGCGGCUUGAUCAAGUACAACCAGAAGAAGAACUUCAGCGGCAAAAAAAAAUUCAAGAAGAUGAGAAGCAAAAAAGAGAAGAAAUAGCCAGGAAGAAGGAAAGUGAGGAUAAGGGGAAACAGGAAAUGCAAGAGAAACUAAGUAAGCUUUUCCAGCCGCAUCAAGAGCCAGUCAAGCCAGCUGUCCAGGCUCCUUGGUCAAAUGCAGAAAAAGCUCCUCUAACCAUUUCUGCUCAGGAGGAUGUAAAAAUAGUGUAUUAUAGAGCGCUAUAUCCCUUUGAAUCAAGAAGCCACGAUGAAAUCAGUAUUCAGCCAGGUGACAUAGUCAUGGUUAAAAGGGAAUGGGUGGAUGAAAGCCAGACUGGAGAACCAGGGUGGCUUGGUGGAGAAUUGAAGGGCAAAACUGGAUGGUUCCCUGCAAACUAUGCAGAGAAAAUACCUGAAAAUGAAGUUCCAGCUUCUGUAAAGCCAGCAGUUGAGGCGACUGCUGCGCCUAAAGUUUCUGUGCAUGAAACCACUACAUCACUAGGAACUCCUGCUUCUACAGAGUGUGCUACAAUUGCCAAUAACUGGGCAGACUUCAGUUCAACCUGGCCAACAAACAGCAGUGAGAAACCAGAGACAGAUAACUGGGAUGCUUGGGCAGCUCAGCCGUCUCUGACUGUUCCCAGUGCAGGGCAGCUGCGGCAGCGAUCAGCCUUCACUCCCGCCACCGUUACAGGAUCAUCUCCCUCUCCUGUCUUGGGGCAGGGUGAAAAAGUGGAGGGGCUUCAAGCUCAGGCUUUGUAUCCUUGGAGAGCAAAAAAAGACAAUCACCUUAAUUUCAACAAAAAUGAUAUCAUCACAGUUUUGGAGCAGCAGGAUAUGUGGUGGUUUGGAGAGGUUCAAGGACAAAAGGGGUGGUUUCCUAAAUCAUAUGUGAAGCUUAUUUCAGGCCCAAUUAGGAAGUCAACAAGCAUGGAUUCUGGUUCCUCAGAAAGUCCUGCUAGUCUGAAAAGAGUAGCAUCACCAGCAACAAAAGCAACUAUGUCAGGUGAAGAGUAUAUUGCUAUGUAUACUUAUGAGAGUUCUGAACAAGGAGACCUAACUUUUCAACAAGGCGAUAUGAUUCUUGUGACAAAGAAAGAUGGCGACUGGUGGACAGGAACACUGGGUGAUAAAUCAGGAGUUUUCCCAUCUAAUUAUGUGAGACUCAAAGAUUCUGAGGCUUCUGGAGCAGCUGGAAAAACGGGAAGCUUAGGGAAGAAACCUGAAAUUGCUCAAGUUAUUGCCUCUUACACAGCAACGGGUCCAGAACAGCUUACUCUUGCUCCUGGUCAGCUGAUUCUUAUCAGAAAGAAGAAUCCAGGUGGCUGGUGGGAAGGAGAGCUCCAAGCACGAGGGAAAAAACGGCAGAUAGGAUGGUUCCCUGCUAAUUAUGUAAAACUUUUGAGCCCUGGUACCAGUAAAACUACACCAACCGAACUACCUAAAUCAACAGCAUUACCUUCAGUGUGCCAAGUAAUUGGCAUGUAUGACUACACUGCACAGAAUGAUGAUGAGCUAGCGUUCAAUAAAGGCCAGAUUAUAAACGUCCUUAACAAGGAAGACCCAGACUGGUGGAAAGGGGAGGUGAAUGGACAAGUGGGUCUCUUUCCAUCCAACUAUGUGAAGCUGACAACAGACAUGGACCCAAGCCAGCAAUGGUGUGCAGACUUGCAUCUUCUGGAUAUGUUAACGCCUACUGAAAGAAAAAGGCAGGGCUACAUCCAUGAGCUCAUUGUCACAGAAGAGAACUAUGUAAAUGAUCUGCAGUUGGUUACAGAGAUCUUCCAGAAGCCACUGAUGGAAUCUGAGCUGCUAACAGAAAAAGAAGUUGCUAUGAUUUUUGUUAAUUGGAAGGAGCUGAUUAUGUGCAAUAUAAAACUACUGAAGGCUUUGCGUGUGCGUAAGAAGAUGUCUGGAGAGAAGAUGCCAGUGAAAAUGAUUGGUGACAUACUGACAGCUCAGCUGCCACACAUGCAACCUUACAUUCGAUUCUGUAGCUGCCAGCUCAAUGGGGCAGCGCUCAUCCAGCAGAAAACAGAUGAAGUCCCCGAGUUCAAGGAGUUUGUUAAAAGGUUAGCAAUGGAUCCUCGCUGUAAAGGAAUGCCACUAUCAAGUUUUCUACUAAAGCCUAUGCAACGGGUAACAAGAUACCCACUAAUAAUUAAGAAUAUAAUAGAAAACACUCCUGAAAACCACCCUGACCACAGUCACUUGAAGCAUGCUCUUGAGAAAGCAGAGGAAUUAUGUUCUCAAGUAAAUGAAGGAGUGCGGGAGAAGGAAAAUUCAGAUAGGCUGGAGUGGAUCCAGGCUCACGUUCAGUGCGAAGGCCUGUCAGAGCAACUCGUAUUUAAUUCUGUUACAAACUGCUUGGGACCACGCAAGUUUCUGCACAGUGGGAAACUCUAUAAAGCCAAGAGUAACAAGGAACUGUAUGGCUUUCUGUUCAACGAUUUCCUUCUCCUGACUCAGAUCAUAAAACCUCUGGGCUCUUCUGGCACAGACAAGGUCUUCAGCCCCAAGUCUAAUCUGCAAUACAAAAUGUACAAAACUCCCAUUUUUCUGAAUGAGGUACUAGUAAAAUUACCCACAGACCCUUCUGGAGACGAGCCCAUCUUCCAUAUCUCCCACAUUGAUAGAGUCUAUACACUCCGGGCAGAAAGCAUUAAUGAAAGGACUGCCUGGGUUCAAAAGAUCAAAGCUGCUUCAGAACUUUAUAUAGAGACCGAAAAGAAGAAGAGGGAGAAAGCCUACUUAGUUCGCUCACAAAGAGCAACAGGCAUUGGGAGAUUGAUGGUGAAUAUUGUUGAAGGCAUUGAACUAAAACCUUGCAGGUCCCAUGGAAAGAGUAACCCAUACUGUGAGGUGACGAUGGGCUCUCAGUGCCACAUCACCAAGACGAUACAGGACACCCUCAAUCCAAAGUGGAACUCCAACUGCCAGUUCUUUAUCAAAGACCUUGAGCAGGACGUGCUCUGCAUUACGGUGUUUGAGAGGGACCAGUUCUCCCCAGACGACUUUUUGGGCAGGACAGAGAUCCGUGUGGCGGACAUUAAGAAGGAUCAGGGUUCAAAGGGACCAGUUACAAAGUGUCUCCUUCUGCAUGAAGUCCCAACAGGAGAGAUAGUCGUCCGACUAGACCUGCAAUUAUUUGAUGAGCCUUAGAAGACAAGGGUCCAAUGUUUUAUUUCACUCUGAGUUCACUGCAAUGGGCGUCUGCAGAAGCAAAAUCCUUAUUGGUGUGGUAUGAAACUACUGCUUGCCCUUCACACAUGAGAGGGUUAUCAAAGCAAACAGGAGCAUCUUUGUGCCUUGAUAAUUCUCACUAGAAAAAUUAUUCCCAAUUUAGUGAGGAGAUCUCCCUCAGUUUCUCUGUGUGGAAUUUGAGGUUAGUUUCCUGGGUUUGCGAAAUAACCUGGUUGUUUGUUGUGCUCCAGUCUGAAAGGCUGGCAAACCACAGAGGUUGCUGUGCUUGCUCCAGUUACCCUACUCUUUGAUUUUCAUGAAGAAGGCGAUGUUGGUAUGGUUUGGAGGCUUUCUGCAGGGUUUUCCCCCUUAAGGAAUUCUGUGCCUAUUGCUCAGCAAAGUGUUGUGUAAAUGUAAUGUGAAUGGAAGGAGCAGUUGUGCAGUGAGAAGAUCUUCGAAGAUCUUCAUGGUGGUACUGAAAAGACUUAGAAAAUAAAUAGUAUAUAUCUAUAAACAGAGAAAAUUCUAUUAACAUACCACUUCAUGACUCACGUUGCCCCUGAAAAUUAAUGAUGUACAGGCCUUCUGCACAGAAAUGAAUUGCACUCCAGAAGAGUUCACCCACUUGAUACCUUUGGAAGUUUUCUGUAGGACUGUAGAUGUUCAAACAGGAACACGGAGCCCUGCUGAAUGUUGUGCUGUACCACUGCGAUCCUAUUUUACUACUGCUGCUUGGCUGUGUGACCACAGAUGGAUAAUCCGUCAUCUGCAGUGGGAAGAAAAGGAAGUCAAGGCUCUAGCUUAGGAAGGUAGUUUCUACCCUGCAGAGUCUAGUUUGCAAAGUGAUGAUGAGUUAUUAAAUUGUACUGUGCCUAACUCUGUUGGACGUCGCGUUACUGAGUUCAUGAAGGUGUUUGUGGCAAGCCAGGGUGAUCACAGGUUUGGUGGCAGACAUACUGGAUGCAACCAGAAACGGAGUGCUUGUGAUGGCACCAAAUGGGUAACCCCAAAGUAAAAGCCUCGUCAUCUAGGGGAAUACCAGGGCUUGUGUAUCCGUUGAAUUUGAUGAAUACACAGGUGUAGGCCCACAUCCAGCAAAUUUUCCCUGUUUGGCAAAGCCCCCAGCUUUAAGCAUGCACUUACGUCUUGUUUCCCAUAAGCACACACGUAAGUGCUUUGCUGAGUCUGGGCCCGAGAGACAAUAGACCCCUAAAAGUAAAAUUCCUCUUUGUUUGAAUGGAUUCAUUUUGUUCAUGACCUGUCAUACAUACACUGGUAUUUUUGUAAGGACUUUAUUUCUGAAUGGAAGUUGUUGGCCUGUUUCAUUAGCAUGUGAACGUUCUUGUGGAGCCUGUUGUUAGGUUUUGGUGUUCCUUGCAUGUCCUUUCAGUACUGGUUUCCACUUUUCUUGUAUAGGCGGUGUUCUCUAGCACUACAAGUCUUAAAGAUUUCCUUUAGGAAAUUAGGAUAUAUUCAUAACGGAUAGGUAGCUACAGUAUGGUAAUAAGUGUAAACUGUGCUGGGAAGUGUCUGUGUAUUAUAAUUUCGUACAAGACCACUGUAAUGUUUCAAGCAAUGGGAAAAAAAAAAAAUGUAUGUUGGAGAGACAACAAAGUUUACAUUUCAUACUUUUCAGAAUCGCUUUAUUAUUUAUUUAUUGAAGAUAGUGUAGAAUUUUGUAUCAGAAAUGACAGACAUACUUAUGUAUUUUUUGAAACAAAACAGAGAUACACACUUUAGUUAGAAACUUUCAACUGACCACAUUUUAGAGGGAGUGUGACUUCCUAGGCAUGCAUUUGUUUACCACUAACUGGCUGAAAACACGGUUAAGAGAACUUUAAGUUUCUAUUUUUCAAUGUUGUUUAGAAAAUUGUUUUGAUUAAAAUAUGUAAAUAGUACUAAACCCAUGCUUUCCUAAUUCCAUAUCAAUACAUUUUAUUAAAUAUAUUGUAUAUGAAAAUAUACAUUGUUGUGGUAGGGUAAAAAAGAGUGAUAAAAUCUAUUAAUGGAGUAACAUUAAAUGUCAUUGUCUAACCUUUUACUGCUGUCCUAAUUUUACUCAGUAGCUGUAUAUGCAGUGAACAUUCAUUUCGGUGUUUAAAAAGUAGCAUCGCUUUUUUUAUGGUAUCAUUUCACCAGCAUGAAUUACAGUAACAACAAAAUAGACAAACAGGACCAAAAAAGACCAUGUGAGUAAUGCAGAAAUCCUGGCCAGGUUUUUGAAGGGAGCCUUGAGGAGCUGCACCUUCCUCUGAGACUCAGCUGGCACUGAGGGACCUUUAACUGCAUGGGCUCCUCUCAGCUUGUGACCCUCGUCAUGAGCACGUGCGAUUGUGCGUUUUGGGGAAUUGUAACAGAACCAAGCACCUUCCUGACCACCGUCGCUCGUGAUUUCCCACUUAUCCUCAAUGCACAGUAAUGUUUAACUUGUGUUCAUGUCAAUAGGAGUUACACAAACAUCAUGAUGAUGAAAGUUGGGGUUCGGCUCAUAUACCUGAUGUGAAUCCCUCAUAAUUGGCCUAAUCCUAGAGGAAGCUUGUCCUAAUCCCUGUGCAUUGGGAGCAGAAUGUAUAUACACCCUUAGAGCCAGCUGGCUGUACAUUGGGAUGUCACUGUUUUCUCGCUUGCCCAUAGUCAAUGCUCUGUAGCAUAUCAGCACCAUUGGCUUACCAGAUGGAACUGCUUUUCGCCAGGGUUAGCCAAAGGUUGGUAGAAACCCAUUAACUCUGGAUUGUUUUCCCUGUUCAGGAAUGCCACAGUCUUGCACAUUGC